AAAGGGAGGCUGUGAAUGUGCUUAGGAGUGAGGAAGGGAAACUCACACAGGAUUUUCACGUACAGCAGUCAGAAACAUGGAACGGACACUCAGAAUUAAUCAGGGGAAUAGCUCUCUGUGAAUAAAUCUGUAAAGAAGAUAUUGAAUAUAUUUGGCAAUGGAUAAUCCGUGUGAUGUCACAACAUGAAUUGCAGCCAUUAUCAGACUCUUAUACAUCGGAACAGUUGCAUUAUAGGCAUCUUCUUGAGAAUGUUUUAAUAAAUGCAAUCAUGCCACACAAACAUGAAAGCAAGAGAGGAAGUAUUUUUACCUCUUCCCUAAAGAUGGACCGACAGAACAGUACAAGUAAAAAAAAUAAAAAAAAUAAAAAUUUUCGUGCCAUCUCAAAGUCUCUGAUACUCUGCAAUGCCAAGAACAGUGAUGAAGGUUCAAGCCUGGAAGAAAAAUACACAGAAAUUAAAGACUGUUCACAUUCCAAUAUGCAACAUACAAAAUCACUGGAAGAAGAUAGUUCCAAACACUCAAAUGCUAUCCCUGAUGCCAUCUUUAGAAAAUUAAUUCUGUCAAAGACGGCUUCAAGUGAUGAUACACCAUGCAAAGCUUCUAGUAAGGACACCAGUAUCUGGAGGCUCUGUAUAGCCACUGGAAAGGAAGGACUUGGCAUAGAAAUCCAAAAAUCAGUUAGCUGCACACUUCCCAAAGGCUUCACCAUCAGUCACCUAGUCAAGGGAGGAGCAGCUCAAAGAGACAGGCGUCUAGCACCAGGGGAUAAACUUCUAUCACUCAAUGGACACUCACUUAAAGAUCUCAAAAGCCAAGAUGUUGAGUCUCUCAUUCAGUCAUCAACAGGCCUUGUUGACUUAGUGGUGGUCCGGAAGUUUUCAAAUCUGGACACAUUUUUAGAAAACCAAUCUAUAGUUGAAGCCGGUCAACACUCACUGCAAUUAAAGGCUCCAUGUAUCAGAACACGAAGCAACUCCACAAGUGUCAACCCAUAUUGGAUUGGAGAAAUAGACCCUCCGCUAACUAAAAAGCCGACUCUCUGCAGUGAUAGUCAGCCAGCACAUCUCCGUUGUAACUGGAAAUCGCUGUCUCAGCAGCUGGACAAUUCUGUAGGAGUUCAGGGUGUAUCUCGAUCCUCACGUUCCCUGAGUUCAGCGCAGUUAUUGAACAUACGAAGCCCUUCACAGGCCUCUGUCAUUUCCAAUAUCAUUUUAAUGAAAGGUCAGGGCAAGGGUUUAGGAUUCAGUAUUGUUGGAGGAAAGGACAGCAUAUAUGGUCCAGUUGGCAUCUACGUGAAAACUAUUUUUCCAGGUGGAGCAGCUGCUGCUGAUGGAAGGUUACAAGAAGGGGAUGAAAUCCUGGAACUCAAUGGAGAGACAAUGCAUGGAUUAACACAUUAUGAUGCACUACAAAAAUUUAAGCAGGCAAAGAAAGGUGUGUUGACGCUCACAGUUCGUACUGGACUCAGCUCUCCAAACACAAAGUCUGGCUACUUCCCUCCGCAAAUGUUACGUUCACAGAGCUCCAGCACCUGUACAGUGAGAGAACAUAGCCCGCAGCAACCAGAAAACUCUACAUUCAUAUUCAGCUCUCAUAACCCUAAUGAUAGGGUGCUUAUGGAGGUGUCAUUACAUAAAGAGUCAGGAGUUGGUCUGGGGAUAGGACUGUGCAAUGUACCAAACUGUGGUGGGAUCUCUGGGAUAUUUAUCCAUACACUCUCGCCAGGCUCUGUGGCGCAUAUGGAUGGAAGGCUCAGGGGAGGUGAUGAGAUUGUUGAAAUAAAUGACAAUGCAGUCAGCAAUAAGAGUCUUAAUGAAGUAUAUGCUCUGUUAAGCCACUGCCAUCCUGGUCCUGUUACUAUCCUGGUUAGCAGACACCCCGAUCCUCAGGUAUCUGAACAGCAACUGGAUGAAGCUGUUGCUCAAGCUGUGGAAAGCAACAUACAUGAAAAGGAACAAAUUCAGUGGAGUGUUGAAGGUGAUAAAAAGAGGACAUCUUGUUACCAUGGGAAGUACCAGUGUGAAAGUUGCAUAGAGAAGCAUGCUGCAUAUCUGUAUUCCCAACGUAGAGAACAGAAGCAAAUGAUUCGAUCUAGCAGCGACAGCAAUUAUUACCCUAGGUCACUCUGCACCAAUAGUGACUCCUACCAAUCAUAUGAUUGGAAAGGCCGGGGGCAUAGUCUCAAUGUACCUAUUAGAAAUGAACCUUCUCAGCUGCACUACUCUACACCAAUCAAAUCAGAAAACCAUUCCCCUGUUAGCAGUGAAUCACUGAGCACAUCUCAUGUUCUCUGCAGGAAAUUCAAUUCCCAUUCUGGAGAGAUCUUGGUUAGGAAAUCAAGGACAACUAAACCAACCCCACCACCAAGAAAAUAUUAUAAAGAUGAAAGUGAUGAAGCAGGAAACAUAGUGCUAAAUGCAAGUCAACAAGUUACAGCCCCCACUGCAUAUGACAUAUCUUCUACAGUCCCCAGUGAUAGCUCGUACACAGAUACUGCCGAGCAGGAGCACAAGCAGACAGGAAAUCAUAUUUCAUCACAUCACAGACCACUGCUUAGAAGGCAAGCUUGUGUUGAUUAUAGCUCUGACUCAACAGCUGAAGACCCGUGGGUACGAAUUUCUGACUGUAUUAAGAACUUAUUUAGUCCUGUCAUAAGUGAAGACCACAGCCUAAUGGAUCUAGAUGGAAGCAUCACCAGCGGUGACAAAAGUUCAGCUCUCACUACUGCAGAAAGAGUCAGAACGCAGUCUGAAAGUGACGCUACCAGAAUCGAGGACAUGAGCAAUUUGAAAAAAGGUCCACCAGUAGCACCAAAACCAUCCUGGUUUCGGCAGAGUUUAAAGGGAUGUAAGAAUAUAAAAACAUUAGAUACAAAUAAUAUAGGAAAUUCAAAAGAGCUGAACAAUAACUUUAAACCACAAGUAUCAACUAGGACUUCGUCCAUUAGACAGAAAAUAAGUUCAUUUGAAACAUUUAGCACACCACAGCCAAGUGCCAGAUGUAAUGAGAGAUCUAAUGCCAGAUAUCCAGCACAACAAGCAAACCCUAUGAAAAAAGAAUCAGAAUGUUCUAAUGUCUAUUUCAAUAAAGUUACUCAGAGCAAAGUUGAAGACCUAGAAAAAGAGAAUAGCCAACUAAAAGAACACAUUGCUAAAUCAAAGGAGGAACUUCAACUGUUUACUCCUAAAUCUUUGCAGAAUCCUCAAACUCCCCCACCUAUGGAGAAUCACCAAGUGCAUCUUUCUAUAGAAAAAUCCCAAAUGCCAUUUGAUAAAGCACUUGAUGAAAAAGCACAGAUAAUUUCUCACUCCCCACCAAAGACAGAUUUUCUAAGUACACGAAGAAGCAGCAGUACCAGUAAUGAACCAUCAUUUUAUUCUUCAUGUUCUGAAAAUACAGAACAUUUACCAUUCAAAACACCAAGCCAAAGGUCUAAAAGCUUCCCAUUGUCAAACUCCAGUGCAUCAGAAUCUAUGAAGAACUUAAGUGAAAAUUGUAACAAGAUUUAUUCCAUUAGCAACCAAGUGUCUUCUGCCUUGAUGAAAUCGCUGCUAUUUUUUCCUCAGUCUCCGCAAUCCCAAGGCAGUGAUCCAUGGCAAAAUGAGAUAUCUGCAGUUGAUGAUGUGAUACUUGAUCCGUCUGCUGAAAGCCACUAUUUGGACUCGGGAUUCUCAGUGAAUCUCUCUGAACUAAAAGGCUAUGGAGCAAUGCAUCCAGUUAAAGAAAAAGAAGAGGAUGUCUCUGAACAUCAGCACUCCUUCUCGUCUGUAACCAGUAGUGGUCAGUCUGUCAUCUCUCUGCUGCCAAUGGAAGAAUUAACACAGCUGAUUGAGGAAGUGAAAGAGCUGGAUGAAGAUACCUUAAAGCAAUUUGAUGACAUCCAUGUAGUGGUCCUACACAAGGAGGAAGGUACUGGUCUCGGCUUUAGUCUUGCUGGAGGACUUGACCUUGAAAACAAAGCCGUCACUGUGCACAGGGUUUUCCCUAAUGGUCUGACUGCUCAAGAAGGAACCAUUCAAAAAGGAGAUAAAGUUCUGUCAAUUAAUGGAAAGUCACUGAAAGGCGUCACUCACAAUGAUGCACUGAACAUUCUGCGCCAGGCACGACACCCAAAGCAAGCUGUCAUAGUCAUAAAGAAAGAAAAAGAUGGUGAACAAAAUCUGGACCCCCUAGAUUGUACUUUUGCUGAUGAUCCUACAAAACCAAAUUCAGAGGAGGCAAAUUGCAUAAUAACAGUUACCCUUGAAAAAUCACUGGCUGGGCUUGGAUUCAGUCUGGAUGGAGGAAAGGGCUCUGUUCAUGGAGACAAACCUAUCAUCAUUAACAGAAUAUUCAAAGGUGUUUCAGAAAAGAACAAUGCUGUACAAUCUGGAGAUGAGAUACUGCAAUUAGCUAACAUCAGUUUGCAAGGUCUCACGCGGUUUGAAGCUUGGACUGCAAUUAAGUCUUUACCUAAUGGGCCUGUCCAAGCUAUAAUAAGGAGAAGUAUCGCGGACUGCAGUACACAACAGUAACAGGAACAUCCUAGUGAUAAAGCAGUGUAUUCUGCACGCUAUACUAUGCCAAAUAAAAUUCCUAUGUAUCAUCGUUUAAACAUUGGUCAUAAAAUAUCAGAUACAGCUGAGGUUUAGAAAAGCUAAGAAAGUUCCUUUUUAGAGAUGAAUGAGGUAACUUAUCUUGCAAUAAUUUUCACCCCUCAAAAAAAGGCUGUAAAAUAGUACUUUACAUUGUGCAGCUGCUUUCCUAAACAUUGCACAGUUUUAUGUUGUAUGUUUGCCCAGAUGAGAAGUAGGAAAAAUUAAAAAGAAACAAAAUUAUUUUUUCCAAUAUUAUUGUCCAGUGGCUCAACUAUGGUUGCCACUUUGGCUACGUUAACCUGGACAGUUAUGAGUUGCACAUGCUGCAGUUUGUGCAACGAGGAACAUGUAUUGUGCCUCUAGAAAGCACAUGAAUAGAGCUGUGGAAAGGGCUAGCCAUGUUCCUCCCUGCACACCCUGCAGCAUGUGUAACUCAUAACUGUCCAGGCUAAUAUGGCUGAGAAGGCAAUUCUAGGCUCAACACCAUUUUUUUUUUCUGGAAUUUUCACAGAAAGUAGAUAUUCAUAAAGUCUUACAAUAAUCUGUUUUUACAUCCAGUUUUACCCAAGGAAUCAUAGUGAAACAGGGUCCCUUGUAAUGUUAAUGCAAGUGUCCAGGCCACUAUAUACUUGAUCUUUUGAAAAUCUGCCUGAUAUUUUCUGUAGGAAAAAACAUGUUUGUACUUAGCAAAGUAGAAGAAAAGUUUAUGAACAGAUUUUGAGAUGCAGUUUCUAAUUUAUUUAUAUGGAGUAUAUAUUUAAACAGAGGGAGUAUAUGAAAUUUAGAAAUUUUGGUGUCAUGAUUGGCAAUGACCACUUGUGAGUUUAGCUAUUUUUAAUAUACAAUUACACUUGCAUAGAUGUUCAUUCAAUACAGUUGUAAUAAUAGGUGAUUAGUUCUAUUUUGGGGGGUAAUAUUAUGGCUCGAAUGGUUCAAUUUCAAUGUUCAGAAACAUCCUCUCAUUGUUCUAUUUUUUGGUAUUUUAGAUUUUCCACAACAAAAUUUGGAUUCAGUAUUAAGUAUGCUGAUCAAUUAUGUUAGCUUUCCUACUUUAAUAACACAUAGCUGUAGUAUAUAUAAUGCAGCAAGAUUAAAGGGAUACUGAACCCAAAUUUUUUCUUUUGUCAUUCAAAUAGAGCAUGCAAUUUUAAGCAACUUUCUAAUUUACUCCUAUUAUCAAAUUUUCUUCAUUCUCUUGGUAUCUUUAUUUGAAAAGCAAGAAUGUAAGUUUAGAUGUCGGCCCAUUUUUAGUGAACAACCUGGGUUGUUCUUGCUGAUUGGUGGAUAAAUUCACCCACCAAUAAACAAGUGCUGUCCAGGGUACUGAACCAAAAAUGGCUGGCUCCCUAGCUUAGAUGCCUUCUUUUUCAAAUAAAGAUAGCAAGAGAACGAAGAAAAAUUGAUAAUAGGAGUAAAAUUGCAUGCUCUAUCUGAAUCACGUAAGAAAAAAAGUGGGUUCAGUGUCCCUUUAAUAUAACUCUUCAAACAUUAUUUACAGCACUGGGCAAUAUUGACUAGCAGAAGAAUUUUCUAGUGAGAAUGAUGCAGAUAUCUUUAGGAGCCUAUUUAGUAAAGAAAGUUCUCUUCACACCAUAGUAUAUAUAUAUAAUUACUUUUUUUCAGAAGUGGUUUGCUUGGUAUUUCGGAACUGGACUGAUCUAUAUAGGCAUGAUCAGACUGAUAUACUUCAGGAAAGUUCUCCUCUGUGAAAGCACAAUUGGGCAAAAAAUUGGCUGUUGCUUGGUGGCAAUUAGCCAGAGAACAAGUUAUUGUUCAUUCAUGGUUGAGCGCUUCUACUUGGCGUAAAAAUAUAUACUGUAUACUUUACUUCACUUAACAACAUUGAAUGUUUUAUCUUUAACUAUAAAACUCAUGUUUUUAUUUUGUUAAAUUUCACUAAUAUAUACAAUAUAGUAAAAUAAAAUAUUUCAUCUACAUACACAAAAAUGUUUACUCAGUUUAAUACCAUAUAUGCCUGUUUUAGUCUUCUGGUGAUAUUAUGCGCCUAUGACUAUACGCUGGGCUGAUUUGCAGCAAACAUGACACUCAUGCCAGUUUAAAGUGCUUACUAUUUUAACCUACGCAUAUAGAAAAUAUGUUACUAUAGGGUAAAUAUAAGUGAAAUUAAACAUAUAUGUUAUUUUAUUUUUUAAAUCAGAUCUGAAUAACUCGUACCUUGUUAUUGUUUUUUAUUUUGAGCUACAGCCUUAGACAUAUGAAGCACAAAGGAAUGUGAUUUCUGCCAAGGUUGCCAUUAUUGCAGAAAACAUGCAAAUAAUCUAAAUGCUAUGCAAUUUCAGUCUUGUAAAUAUUCCUAUUAAUUGUUUUUGUAUUUUAUUUGUGUAAAUAUGUUUUUUUCAAAAUGCUUUUUAAUUAAAAAUAAUGUUCUUUCCCUUUA